CCUCAGUUCCCGCCCAGUGUGGGCUGUGUGUGCUAAACUGCCUGAGCUUGGGACGGCGGCUCGCCUGGGAUUAUUCGUCAGGCUGGUAGUUUUUCUCCAGCGCUCAUUAUGAGCAUUGGAUUCCGGAAGGCAGAAUCCGGUACUCAGCUUCUUGCUAGACUGGAGGGACGCGCUUCUCUUAAAGAACUUGAGCCUCUGCUGUUUGCUGAUGAAGAAAGCCCAAUUAAUGGAGAUGUAAUUGAAUUCCAUGGCCCAGAAGGAACAGGAAAGACUGAAAUGUUUUGCCACCUGAUUUCACGCUGCAUUCUGCCAAAGUCAGAAGGGGGUCUACAAGUUGAAGUUAUUUUUAUAGACAUGGACUACCACUUUGAUAUGCUGCGUCUUGUAACUAUUCUUGAACACAGACUAUCGCAAAGCACAGAGGAAAUGGUAAAACAGUGCCUGGGCAGAUUUUUUCUUGUUUACUGCAGCAGCACUGUUCAGUUGCUUCUUACUCUCUACUCUUUGGAAAACAUGUUUUGUAGUCGUCCGUCACUUUGUCUCCUAAUUAUAGAUAGCAUAUCUUCCUUUUACUGGAUAGACCGAAAUAAUGGAGGUGAAAGUAUCAUGAAGCAAGAAGCUAAUUUGAGAAAAUGCAUUGAACUCUUAGAGAAACUCCUCAAAGAAUACAAGAUUGUUCUUUUCGCUUCAACUCAAACAAUAAUGCAAAAGUCUUCAAGGGACGGUGGUGAGGGCGUGUCAAAUUCAUUAAGGCAACAAACUAGUUAUAGUACGGACUUUAAACCCUAUCUUUGUAAAUUGUGGUACCAGAUUACAACUCACAGGAUUUUGUUUUCAAAGGAACCAAGAACUAACAGUGACCAAACAUUUUCUAUAAUGUCAUAUCAUCUAAAAAAUAAAAAUGCUGUGAAGCGCUCAUUUCUUAUUGGAGAACCUGGGGUUCGGUUUCUCUAACAUCUGUCCUGCCUUUCUAAUACAAAGCAUUAUUUUGUUUGUAUGUUUUUAUAUAUUGACCUGAUCUAUUCACAGUAUCUGUGUAUAUAUAUUUUUUUCUACUUUUUAUAAAGAUUGUUACAUUUUUAGUAGCAUCACACAAAUGUCUAAAACUUAAGCAAAUCUUACAAUUAUUUUUUUAAUUUGAUUAAUUAAAUUUUUGUUAUUAUAAACA